UCCUGAACCUGUGUGGUCGUGCGGAGCCCAGUCUACCGUUUUAUUGAGUUCGUUAUUUUCACACCAGAAAUUAUGUGCGAGAUUUGACACCUUAACGUAAAUAUUGCACGAGAACGAUUUGGGCUGCUGGAGUAGUUGGCGUGUAAUCAAGUUAUGUUGCCGGAACAGGUACCGGGCGGUGCUCCCUUGGUGGUUAUGAAGCAAUCUGUGUAAUUGCCUGCUUGGAAUCUAGAGGAAACAUGCUAUCGUGACUUGUUUCUAGCUAGAGUAGCAGGAAAAGUGGCCUUGACGGCGUAACCGGAAAUAUGCUUGCAAGAUUCGGAACUGUUUAAGGCGCGUGUGUUCCUUUUUUUUGGUGCGUAAAUUUUUGCGUAGUGUAUGCACACAAUUGAGAAAAAAAUACGGUGCAAUUAUGUGGAAAAUUAAAUGAGAAUGAUAUGGUGAAUAUCACGCGUUGAUCUUUGCGAUGCUGUCGGAUAAAGAAACGAUACUUUCGAGGUGAUAAAGCUAGCAUGCGAAUGCUCAUACUGUUAUGUUUGUAAAUCGCUUUUGGAAUGCGAAUUGAACGAAUCAAAGGGAUAAGGAAUAUUUCAAAGACGCGUUUACACCGAGUUCUUCUAAUAAGUGAUAGCGUACGUCCGACCGACUGAACGAACCCAUGCACUCCUGAACUCAGUAUUGCCACUGUAUCUUCCACGAAAAAUAUGCGACUGGUGUGCCAUUAUUGCGAUGGUUUUCGAAAGUACAUCUUAAUUAUAACCAUCAGUGUUUGAAUCCAGUGUGCGAUUGCUGUAAUGACAGCUGCAGGCAUGCAUUAAUAAGAACAACAUUAUGGCAACACUAAGAGGCGCAUACAUUUCAAGUGUUGUGGGUUUUUGCCGUGCUUCCCGCUUGGCAUUGGUACUUCAUUAUUGAUUGAAUGAAGAUGCGUUUACUAUACAUCAUGAAACGAAAAAGCACAGUUGAUAUUGAAGAAAAUCCGCUUAUCGGAUCGAAUGUACAAACUACAGCAGUGCUCUCUGAUGGAACAAUUGCGCAGGUUUUAAUUGGACGAACUGAUCCAGAUAAUUUGUGCCGUUAAGCGUCCAACCGCGCAAAGAUCAAACGGAUUAUCUCCCUUAUCUCGGAGACCGAUUUGUGAUUGUGACCAGACCAGGCAGGGAAGGUGAAUUCUCUGGGUGCUUGCGUGCGUGGCAACAGUGGUGCCACGCCGUCCUCUUCCUACCACAUUCCUGGCGGCGGCGGAGGAACUGCCCACGCUGCUGACAUUGGGGCCACUGGAGUAGCCGCUGCCGCCGCCGCCGUAACCGCUACCACAGCACUCCCCACCAUGGAAGACAUUCCUCCACCGCCACGCAAAAGCUCCCUCAGCAUCGACCGAGCGGCGUUUCUGUUGCUGCGAGUCAAAAAGGCCUUCAAGAAGAAGCGUCAACAACGGAAGGAUAAACUAACCCUGCACAACAUCAACGAACCCACCAGCGGAAAUCGCCCCCUGUAUGGGGGGUCACGUCCUACUGAGAAGAAAGCUCGCCUCUCUCGCUCACUGACUCUGCCGCUAUUCAAUUUUCCCGGCGCCAACGCCUUUGUCGGUCGACUGCAACAACCAACUCAGCCGCUGGAGGCCUAUAAAACUUCUUCUAAUAACUUUCUCUAUGAGGCCAAGUUCACCAGCACCACACCCAUCAGCGGAAAUAGUCCCAAAAUCCUGCUGACCACAGAUGACACCUCCUUCGACUAUCGACGAAAGUCAUCAGGGGGUAGUGGAUUGUUUACUCCCAGCGGUGGAGCCCCGACCGUUGCUCCAAGCGAACCACAUAUUUAUGACUUCGAUGAGAAGCGUUCCAGUGGAGACGGUUCUGUUGUUAUCAGCAUAACAUCCCCAACCGCAUUUCAAAUACCGUCGUCCAAAUCUUUCGGGGUUACAUCAUUCAACUUUGUUAGCUUACAAAACGCAGCAAAUACUGCAACAACUGCUUAUAGUUUCGGAAACAGCGGCUAUACAUCAGGUGAAAGCAGUCACAUAGGAGGCGGUAGCGUGUCAAGUAACAAAUACAACGGUUGUAACACUAAACGAGGAAGUGAUGUGACAGCAUACGGAUCUGCCGCCUCAGCGCAGCUCAUUAGCAAUAGUACUAACAGUGCCAUCUACCGGCUGGCACGGAUCAUCAAUCAAACAACGAAAACCAGCGGUACUCCGGAGAGUCAAGGGAGCGGAUAUCCUCUAGCCUCACCAGGAUUACUAAGUCUUCAUCAUCAGGCGAAAGGUGACUCGUCUCGAAGGUUAUCGUGGGAGAGACGCGACAAAGGCUGCAAACCGAUUCCUCGCUCAUCCAGUAUCGAUUCCAUGGUAGAUGCAGUUUGGAACGAAUUCCCUAGCACCGGUGCAGAAGGCGGACGCAACUCCGUUUCAAACCAAUCAUCGCAGUCAACGACGAACGUUGCCUCCAGUUUAAAUGUUUUCCUGAGCUCGAACCGGCGUGAAAGCGUUCUCAGUCCAUCGUCUAACCGACGGUCUAAGCAUCAGCGUGGCAUUUCCGAAAUCAGUUUACCGGAUGUGGUAACCCGAUCGCUAUCGAACGUUGGUCUCCCGGACUGCAGUGCUAUCUGUCCACCUGCUGGCAAACGAGACGAAGAAAAUGAUUUUUCCAGCCCGACGAAUUCACACUACGCCAGCAGCACACUAGACGUUGCCACGAUAGAAUCCACGCUCUCUUCUGCAACUCCAUCCGCGCUGUCCGUGCCAGCGGAGAUAAGUCACGAGGAUGAACGUUCCCGCAACUUGAGCCGAAUGACCAGUGCCAGCUCCCCAAAUCUAAGCUCGGUUCCGGCGAAAAAAAUGGAAUAUCUGUUGCCCCACCAGCAGCAUCCACCAGGAUCGCAGCCAACAGUGCCCCCGAGCAAACGACAAAUCCCUCCGAAAAUUAUCAAGAAAACUCGCCAUCUAUCAACUAGCUCCGCAGAUGACGAGGUCAACUCUAGCAGCCCCAAAACUGCGACCCACCGAAUCGGAAGCCUCAUCGAAACGAAUAACAACAAUAAUGGAAAUCAUAAUUUUAUCAACGGUGUCGGAACUACCAUCGAUGUACUCGCGAGCACCAACAAAUUGGUGGGUGAGCGCACCGCAGGUUCAAAUUUUCAGAAUCAUCCCUACUGGCGGCACAAAAUUACCAAAAAGCAGCACAAAAUGGCCCAUGCGCAGUUGGAUAGACUAACGCAAAUAAAUAUUCAUUUGCAUGCCCUAUUUGCUGCAGUCGAACAUGGCCACCUGGAAAAGGCCCGUACGAUUCUUGAAAGCACAGAUGUGGAUGUUAAUAGCCUGAAUAGCGACGGUCUGUCUCCCCUCGAUGUGGCCGUCCUGAGCAACAACCGAUCUAUGACGAAGAUGCUACUACAGCAAGGUGCCAUCGAGAAUGCCCAUACGAUCCAAGCGGCCAACAACAACGUCGGGUUGCACCUGAACAAUCUUUUGUGCGAGGCCGAAACCACCAUUCACGAGCUGGGAAACUUCGACGGAAGCCAACCGGGUCACCAACAUCAGAGUAGCGGUGGCAUCGGCGGAGUAGCGGGCAAGACAACCUUCUCGAAUAUUAUCGCCCUUAAUUACAUGGUGGUCAAUAUUCAGAACUGUGGAAGUGGCGGACCCUCGGUAACGAGCUGUACUGGUAGUGAUGUCGACAAACAGGUCGGCCUUUGGGAGCGUCGAGUGAAAGGUCUUCGGCGGAUGAUACUAGGGUGGGACCAGACGAAACCACCCGAUUUACCUAAUCGAAUAGAGAUUGAUGUAACCGGAUGCAGCUCAGUUAGUCUGAGUUUGUAUGAACCACUUGAAGGUGCCAUAUCAACCAAGUUCAAAGUGCAAUGGUCAUCUCGUUCAGACUUCAGCAACAUAGUUGGUGAGCGGGAAAUCAAUGAGUGGACCAGUUUCCACGGCUGUAUGGGUGCAGUAUGCAAUCUGAACGAACUGAUACAAGGUCGACGAUACUUCUUCCGUGCUUCUGCCGGCAACAUCAAAGGCUGGGGUUCCUAUAAACUGUCCACACCAAACUGCGUCGUACCGUCCAGCUGGCGGGACAUAGGAUGUAGAGAAAACCGUUUUGCCGGUAAGCAACGCAAUUUGGACGACUUGUUUAAUGCUGUUCGGCUAGCUCGGCCCGAUGAUGCAUCCGAGAUUGCACUAGAUGCGGUGGUACCAACAAAACGACCCAUCAAGAAGAAGACCACAAUCAAGCAGCUCUUUUCGGCGGCGUCCAAGUUCCACAAAAAUUUGAAAAGGGGCAUCUACCUGGCGUGUAUUCUCUACCACGAAGACAAACUGCUGCUCACAAACGAAGACUUUGUACCGGUGAUAGAAAUUGACGAAACAUUUACUAGUAACCUGCAUACUGAUUUCUAUUGGAUGAUGAAGGUCGCUUGCACCUGGGACGAUGUGAAGCUGCUGCGAAUGGACAUGGAACGGAACGCUUCCUCUGCGAUUCACUUUCGAACCAAGCUGCUGUCAGCCGCUUGCCAGAUGCAAGCCGCCCUUUCCAUUACGGACCUAGGUCAAUUAUAUUACAAACCGCUGCGAGACGUGCACGGAACCGUGGUGCUAUCCUGUGUUAAUUGUAUAAAGCGCCCUAAAAGUAUAUCAGUACUGAACUCACGUUGGAUACCGCUGAAUAAAAUUCACAAGAAGCUAGCCAUUUCGAGUGAAGAUAGUAGCAUCAACGAAUUGCUAAUGAACUCGAUUCAAGACCAGAUCAACUAUCACCAGGUGUCCAACAUUCGCCUGCCACGCGGCCUUUAUGUUGGCUAUCUCAAGAUGCAAAGCUCUGUGGAGGUCAUCCAGGUGGUGGUUCCUGUGAAAGCGCCAAACGUGCUGCCGCACUGCAAAAUUCGCGAUAAUCCUCAUGUAUCAGCGGAAGAAUGGGAGCUCAUCAAACAGCACAAACCGUCCAGUUUGCUGGAGUUUCGACCGAAGAAUCAAGGGCCGACUGAAGUUCAGCUGCAUUUUCUAGAAAUACUAACCAAAGCUGUACACAAUCUGUUCCAGUACAUGGAUAUAUCGGUAGACGUGGCAGUCGCCCAUCGACUGUACGAUGUAGAAGUUAUCGAAGUAAAUCAAGACGUAAGUUUUCUAAUCGUUUGCCCACCAGCGGAAAGCAGCUGCGCAGUACCUGGUCAAAAGGACAUUCUCUUGCAACGAGGUGAUCUGUUCUCAAUGCCAAUUCAGGCCUUUGAGAUGAUUCAUUUGAAGACCUAUCAGAGUAACAUUGUGCAAAAAUACUCGAGAUUAUCCUGCAUUCUCGAGUUGGAUACCAUGAUGGCGAACCAUUUGCAUAGGGAAGCAUUUAGCACGUUAGAGCUGCAAAAGGCAAAAGAUCGGUUAGCAAAGUUACAUGAUUUAUCAACUGGAUUGAACACGAUUUGGAAAGCCGUAAGAUGGCUAAUGGAUGUGAUAAGUUAUGCGAGAGAUCGAGCCAAUAUGCCAGAACUAAAUAUGAAACAAAUCCUAGAUUACAAAAGCACAUACUUUGGGAAAAAAGUUUCAACAAUCGUCGACAAAAAAGGCAGCAGCGAACCAAAACUUUUACAACCACCAGGUUGUGCACCCAUCUUCCACAAAAGUAGCCCAGGCCGAGGAUCCUGGCCUGGACCAACAGCAGAAAACUCUUCAAGUCACAAUGGCCUGCUAGGUGCAGAAUACUCUAAGUCUGAGCAGCUGCUGAAGUACAAUAGUCAACGCUUCCUAGAUGUCAGUAACGCCAAUUCACGGAAAAACAGUGCUGACUCAGCCUACUCAAACUCAUCUAACAGCUUCUAUUCAGUAACAGGAGUUGAACCGGAAAAGGAGUUUGUUGUUCCACGUUUGCCACCUUCCCGUUCAGAGGACACAUUGAACAUCGAAAAAAAGAAAACUUCCGAACAAUCCAAUAACAGCAACAAGAAACGACCGCCAACAAUGUAUUCUAGCUAUUCUGCAACUUCUAGUCCGUUACUCAAUGUUCGAGCUCCAUUUACAGCUACGAUUGCUACCGUAUCCAAACCAGCAACCAACGAAGACAUGGAAAAUCAAACCGCCCAACUGCCGCUAUCGAAAGUAGUAAGCAAAAAACCUCGCGAGCAGGCUCUUAAAACUCUCAACCAAAUCGAGCCCGAUUACGAGCCGAUAGUUACAACCUACUUGAAGCCGACGUUGACCGCGUUACAAAAUGAGGCGAAAGGCUACCAAACCGCUCUCCAUAUAGCUGAGGAACCUGCUAAACACCUUCAGCAACUUCCACCGGACGUUCUGGAUCACCGAACGGCACCCGAACUAACCAUUCCCGACCUUGCGCAAUCUCAUCAACGACGUUCUAUUCCACCUGCUAUUUCCGAGUCUACGAGUACCAAGACAGCCAAAGCCUCGGACUCUGGUAGCACGGCACCUUUAACUACAAGCAUCGUUCAAGUAUACGCUGCCUAUGAAACGGGACUUCCGAGUGGUACCUCGUUGAAGUUACGGGUCACGCAGAAAACAUCCGCCAGAGAAGUUAUUGAUCUUGUGGUCAAACAGUUAAAUAUGGCGGUCGUCUUAAAGGGCAAAGAAGGUCCCAUAUAUGCCGCUGACAAGCUGGAGAAUUUCUGUCUUGUCGCUGUAAUCGGUGCCAGGGAACGCUGCCUACGUGACGAUUUUCGGCCUCUUCAACUGCAGAAUCCCUGGGAAAAAGGUCGCCUAUAUGUACGCCAAAAGCAUGAUUUGUUGGCAGCAAUCGAACAUUCCAACCGUGAUACGGCUGAAAUAUAGUUAAAAUGUAUGUUAGUAAGUGUUUUCUGUAAAUUAGAAACUUUCUCUUUCUUAGUACUGCAUAGAUAUAGACAUAAUCAAACAUAAAAUGAGACAACAAUGAAAGACACCGAUGUGAUAGAUUCUGUUUCGUAAAAUGAAGGUCUUCUAGUGCAAAUUUCUAGCUCUCUGUAUUUUAGAAAAGUGGUUAACGAUUGAUAGAAGAUUUGUAAUUUUUUUCUGUAAAAGAAAAAAGACUAAAACAUUUCAAAACUUUGGGGGAUGAUACUAUACCGAUUUUAAACAAUGCUCAUUGGAAACUUGUUUUUAGUAUACUACUAACCAGGCUAAAGAAGGUUUUUCAAUUUUUCGCAGCAAAGCACUUAUUAUUACCGCUGUACGAUAAAGUAAGAAUGAUUUUCAGUAGAUAAAAUAGGUCGAAAUUUUAGGAAAAUUUUAAAAAUGGUUAUAGCAUUGGUUUUACAAUUAAACAUUGAGAAUUAAGUUCAGAAAUAGUUUCCCUCAGAUACAGGUCGCUGUGACAAAUUGUUCGUCAAAAAAUGUUGGUGCAUAUGUUACUUUUAUUUUUUUCUAUGCUAUCACAUGCCAUACGCAAGAGUUAAUCUGGAAUUGUUAUGGUUCAAUUCGGAAAUUAGAUACAAUGUAGUAUGACUAGUUGUAAAAUAGUAUGAUUUUAAUAAUAACAUCCAAGAUGCGACCCGAAAAAAAGUAUGAAAUGUUUUCAAUGUAUCUUGAUGAUAGGUAUGUAAAGCUUAAAUGAAAUUGAAACUGUUAUUUAUAUGAUAGAAAAAGGUCCUAUAGCAAAUAUGACUGUUGUUAUACUAAUGAAAACAGUAAUAUAAACCAUUUUAGACGCAUGAAUAUGAACUGGAGUGGAAAAAAAAUGGUAAAGGAGAGUAGUCAUCUGACAUGGGCACAUACAUUGUAUUUUUUGUUGUUACCUUGAAUCAAACUCUUAUAUGAUAAACAAUAAAUCAAAAAAAGUCUUAUAUGCGCCACAGCAACAACAAAUUUUACCACUGGUUUGAGACUCGCAACGAGCUUAUCCCGUUACAAAACGAUAACAUUAAUUCUAUUUUGUACUGAAAGCUUUCCCAUUAAAAAAAAAACAGAACGGCUUUUACACGCAUAUUUCAGUGUGUAAGCUCUUUUGGAUAUUUCCUUCGAUCAUACUAGGGCCUACCAACUAAAUAACUAUCGCAGUAAGAGAGCGUUACAAGUAACAGAUGAUCAUGUAAAUAAACCGAUAUUUUAACUAGUAAGAAUCAAAUCAAAUCAAUAUACGAAAGGCUACAGCUACAGGACCUAGAUGGAUAUUACACACCAAUCACGUAACCACAAGCAGAAAUCCCAAUAAGAGGAUGCAAAAUAAAAAUCUAUAGGAUUGCACAAAGAUUCUCUAAUACAUGUUGAACUAAAAUUAUUA